AUGUUGGGAGACAGCUUUAUUCUAUUGCAACUCUUUUUAUUGGCCAGCUUGUUACUCUCACUGAUAUUUUUUUUCUUUUAUAUGCUCUCAUAUAUAGUUACAGGGCCUGGAUCAUUCACUCUUUUUAUUAUUCUCAUAUGCUAUCUACUUCACAGUAUAAUUGAAGGUCUAGUAUUCCCAGGCUCCAUAACUUUAUGUCGAAGAGCUUCUGAAAUCGGCAUUUCUAAGCGAUUUGCAUCAGAGCUUAAAACAACUAUCAAUGAUUUAGAAGCAAUUUUAGUUAAUUUACAAAAAGUUAAAGAAAGCUAUGAAGAUCAACAAUUAAAACAUUUUAAUUUGAGUUUUUCCAAAAAAAGCUUUUUAUCAGUGAUGAAACACCUUAAUGAGCUUCAAAAACAAGGACUAAUUUCUCCUAAUCAAGACCGUCUCCUAACUUUAUUAGUUCAGCUUGAAGAGUGCUUAAAAGGAAUAAAAAUUGAUGCAGGGAAAAAUGUGGAAAGCUUAUGGGAUUUAUUAGAUAAAAUUCACAAAAAGAAAAUCCAGACAAGCUUAGAGAGUUUACAAAUCCCUUUGAAGCUAUGUAAAGAACUUAAUACAUUUAUAUAUCAGUCUUAUGGAAAAACCAACUGUUUGCAAAAAGCAAAAAGAUGGAUGACAGACCCUUUGCUAGGGAAUCUGAAUUAUAUGAGAGUAAUUUUAUCGAGCCAACUCAAUGGAGAACAAAUAUGGAUUCAAGGUCAUGAUGGAAUGCGAAUUGAUUGGUAAUUUUUAUUAAGCAUGCUUUUUCCAAGCCAUUGAAACCCAAAUGGGCCUACAAUGCUUUUCUGUAAUCCAAAUGUCGGUUUUUACGAAUUAAUGCAUUUUCAGACAGAAUGGCUUGAAUUUUACCUUGCAUUAGGUAUCAAUGUAUUCGCGUGGAAUUACAGAGGCUACGGACGAUCUCAAGGCCGCUCAGAAAUUCCAAACUUUAAAAAAGAUGGAGAAAUGAUCGUCAACUAUUUAAGAAACACCCGACAAGUCAACAAAUUAGGAGUCCAUGGGUUAUCACUAGGUGGCUGUGUAGCUACUCAUUUAGCAAGAAACUGCGAUUUAGACUUUUUAUUUGCGGACAGAACAUUCUCGACCUUAGGAGAUGCCACCAGAUAUAAUUUCGGACAAUUCGCAUUUUAUCCUUUUCAAAUUCUUGGGCCGGUAGACACAGAUUCAGCUGGAGAUUAUAUUUCUUCACAUUGUUAUAAAGUCCUUGCAGCUGAUCCUAGAGAUGAUAUGAUUGAUGAUUUGGCUUCUUUAAAAUCAGGAAUUGCUAUACAAUUAUUAAAGCAAAUUAUUUAAAUUUUUUUUUAAUAAAAUAAUUAUUUUAAAAAAACAUUUUAUUUAUUACCCAAUUAUUUACGAAACAAAGCGCAAUUCCUUAUAUUGACCCUGCUUUAUUUGAGAAAAAAUCAUUUAUUUUGAACAUUGAGGAUCUAGAUCGAGCAGUUGAAGUAUUGAAAAGAUUAGGAAACUUAAUAAAAGGCAUGAUAAGAGCUAUGCAAAGUCAACCAAACUCAGAAGCAACCCCUGAAAGCGCAAUAAAAGCGAUUAAAAAACAAAAGGUUUAUAAAUGUGGAAAUGAAAGCCUUGAUGACUAUGAAAAAAUUGCUGAAAUAGUUGUUGACGUCCAUAAUGUUUUAGCUCAUUUAGAUGCUGGAGGCAAAUCUUUGAGUAUAAUUUUAAGCUCAAAAUACAUAAGGCUCAAUUUUAUUGCGUGGCUGCUUGUAAUUGAUAUAUGAGGAAGUGAUUGUAAUGAAUAUACUGAAAAUCUGGAUUUAGGUAAAGUAAAGUCGCUGGAGCUUAUGAAAUAUUGUAUUGAAUGCUUAAAAAAUCUAAUUUCACAGAAUAAAAUCUGCCCAUGUACGCUCAUGCAGGCUAUUAUUGCUGACCUCCAUAUUUUGACUGACACUUUAUGCUGUUUAUAACUAAUUGGUACCUAAUUAAUUUUUUAAAAAAAUCUACCAUUCCAAAAAAAUUAUUUAAUUUAGAACAUCAUAGCAAAAAUACACAACAAACUAGAAGAAGGCGAAAACAGCACAGAAGCCAACGAGUCCUUAAGCAGCUUCGACAGCUUCAAAGAAAGCAUCGACUACUCCUCCGCUGGAUAUCUAAUUCCAUUAAAAAAUGGGCAUAAUGGAAUCCUUUCCUCUAUAGAAAGACAUAUUUACGAGAGACACUUAGCAAGAGCCCAUUUUAUUAGUUAA